UCCCUCCACGGAUCAAGCCCUAUCUGACUGAGAGACAUGUCCUCCUCCUCUCUUCUGUGGUGCCUGCUGGUGGUGUGUGUUCUGACUGUGGUCCAGAUCUAUGCAGCAGAGGAACGUAAGGUCCUCAAGGUGUUCAACCUCAGAGCCAGCGACCUGAACAGCGGCUUGUUCCAGACCCCUGAUGCCUACGUCAAGGUGUUUAUGGGCUCUGGCUACGGCGGGAAGACAGAGGUAAAGAACAACAACCAUGACCCCUGGUGGAAGGAGGACUUCAACUUCUUUAACGCCCAUGAGAACAACCCUGUGAGGCUGGAGGUGUACGACAGUGACUUGCUCUUUGACGACCUGCUGGGGACCUGCGAGCGCUCCAUCAAGAACGGAACUUGGCAGCAUCAAUGUUUCCUGAAGAAGGGCGGGACCCUGUACUACUCCUACACCCUAGAGCCUCUACAGUAGACCCAGUACUACUCCUAAACCCUAGAGCCCCUACAGUAGACCCUGUACUACUCCUACACCCUAGAUCCUCUACAGUAGAUCCUGGACUACUCCUACACCCUAGAGCCCCUACAGUAGACACUGUACUACUCCUACACCCUAGAGCCCCUACAGUAGACCCUGUACUACUCCUACACCCUAGAGCCUCUACAGUCCUACACCCUAGAUCCUCUACAGUAGACCCUGUACUACUCCUACACCCUAAAGCCUCAACAGUAGACCCUGUACUACUCCUACACCCUAAAGCCUACAGUUCACCCGGGAGCCCAUUAGACCCCCUCCACAUAGCUAAAACAGCAUUUAUUACUGAUAGUCCUAUAUCCAGCUAGAGUAGAGGCCUCUUGUUAUCUACAACAAUGUCUGGUUCCAUAUCUCCGUCCUCUUAUCUACAAAAACAUCUGGUCUCAUAUAUCUGUCCUCUUGUUAUCUACAUAAACAUCUGGUCCCAUUUCUCUGUCCUCUUAUCUACAACAACGUCUGGUCCCAUAUCUCUGUCCUCUUAUCUACAACAAUGUCUGGUCCCAUAUCUCUGUCCUCUUAUCUACAUAAACAUCUGGUCCCAUAUCUCUGUCCUCUUAUCUACAAAAACAUCUGGUUCCAUAUCUCUGUCCUCUUAUCUACAUAAACGUCUGGUUCCAUAUCUCUGUCCUCUUAUCUACAACAACAUCUGGUUCCAUAUCUCUGUCCUCUUAUCUACAACAACAUCUGGUUCCAUAUCUCUGUCCUCUUAUCUAUAUUUACAACAACGUCCCACUUUGGACCCCUCAUCUGUUACAUGGAUUUCUCGUUCUCCUAAAACUGAGCUGAAAAACCGUCCUCCCCCUGACCUCAUCCUCAGGCUCAUCAUAACAGACUAGAUUCUAGAACAUUGAGCAGUACAAAACUCCACCUCCCCCCUACGGUUAGUUCAUUGUAAUUAGUGUCUACACCACUUUUUGUAUUUAACUGAUUUGGGUGUAAAUCCGAUCUCAGGGGAUCAGGGACCAUGCAUGACAAACAGUGCACCAGAUUUAAGACUGUCCAUGCACCAAAUUUAGCAACGUACAACUGCUUAUUUCCAGUAAACGUCAUCAUAAAACAUUGGUUCUGUGUCUGUUUAUCUCGUGAACUGUAGUAAAGAAGUUGACCUCUUGUCAGCAUGUUUGUACUGUUAUGCUCCUUCUAGCUCUGUGUCUGAUUGGCUCUGUCCAACUGUCACUUCCGUGCUCACUCUACAAUGGCAUCAAUUAAUAAAAACUAGA